CCCAGCUGCCCUCCACCCUUCUCUCCUCUCUCCGUCCCGGCUCACUGCACGCUGGGGAUGGGUUCAGGUAGGACCUGGAAAAAGAAAAAAGCGCCACGGGGAAAGCACCGUCUACUCCAAACGCUCAUCUCUUCUUUCUCACCUAAACACAAUUCCCCAGCUUUAGCUCCUCGCUGGAACACAUAGAGGGAGAUUUUUUUUUUCCAGUUUUUCUUUUUUCUUCUGUGCGUGCACUCUUCAGUCUUUCUUCACUUUCUGAAAGGAUAUCUCACUUGAGCUUUUUUGCAUCAUGGCACACGCAGCAUCCCAGCUGAAGAAAAAAGCCGAUCUGGAACUUACAGCCGCCGAGGAAGAGAAGAAGAAAAAAAGCAGAAAGAGAACCAGGGAUCCCAAGAAAAAGACUGACAGUAAUGCCAGUUACCUCAGAGCGGCCCGGGCUGGAAACAUCGAGAAAGCCCUCGAUUAUAUAAAGUCUGGUGUGGACAUCAACAUCUGCAACCAGAAUGGCUUGAACGCUCUUCAUCUGGCUUCUAAAGAAGGCCACGUGGAGGUUGUGACCGAGCUCAUCAAACUUGGUGCCACGGUGGAUGCUGCAACAAAGAAAGGAAACACUGCUUUGCACAUAGCAUCACUUGCCGGACAGGUGGACGUCGUCAAGGAACUUGUGAAUAAUGGAGCGAAUAUCAACUCACAGUCUCAGAAUGGCUUCACGCCGCUCUACAUGGCUGCCCAGGAAAACCACCUGGACGUCGUCAAAUUCCUCCUGGAUAAUGGAUCCAGUCAGAGCAUCGCCACAGAGGAUGGUUUUACCCCACUGGCCGUAGCUCUCCAGCAGGGUCAUGAUCAGGUGGUGUCUCUGCUCCUGGAGAACGACACCAAGGGGAAGGUGCGAUUACCUGCCCUGCAUAUCGCUGCCCGUAAGGAUGACACCAAAGCAGCGGCGCUACUCCUGCAGAACGACCACAAUGCAGAUAUUGAAUCCAAGAUGAUGGUGAAUAGAACGACAGAGAGCGGCUUCACCCCUCUCCAUAUAGCGGCUCAUUACGGGAACAUUAACGUUGCGACCCUGCUGCUGAACCGCGGGGCUGCCGUUGACUUCAAGGCAAGGAAUGACAUCACGCCUCUCCAUGUGGCAUCGAAAAGAGGAAAUGCCAACAUGGUCAGGCUUCUUCUGGAGAGAGGAGCCCGAAUCGACGCCAGAACCAAGGACGGUCUGACACCUUUACACUGUGGAGCGAGGAGCGGUCAUGAGCAAGUGGUUGAGAUGUUGCUGGAUCGCGGAGCACCCAUCCUUUCAAAAACAAAGAAUGGCUUGUCGCCGCUGCACAUGGCCACGCAGGGAGAUCAUCUGAACUGCGUCCAGCUCUUGAUUCAUCAUGAGGUGCCUGUGGACGAUGUCACCAACGAUUACCUGACCGCCCUGCACGUCGCUGCACACUGCGGACACUACAAAGUUGCCAAGGUCCUAGUGGACAAGAGGGCCAAUCCUAAUGCCAAAGCACUGAAUGGUUUUACACCACUUCACAUCGCUUGCAAGAAGAACAGGAUUAAAGUGAUGGAGCUGCUGCUGAAACACGGAGCGUCCAUUCAGGCUGUGACUGAGUCUGGACUCACGCCGAUUCAUGUGGCUGCUUUUAUGGGCCAUGAAAACAUUGUGACUCAGUUAACAAAUCACGGAGCGUCUCCUAACACAAUGAAUGUGAGGGGAGAGACGGCGCUCCAUAUGGCUGCCAGGGCAGGACAAGCAAACGUGGUGAAAUUCCUGGUGGCGAAUGGAGCAGAUGUGGACGCCAAAGCCAAGGAUGAUCAGACCCCGUUGCAUAUAUCCAGUCGUCUAGGAAAACCAGACAUUGUCCAGCAACUGCUGCAGCAUGGGGCUUCACCCGACUCCACCACCACGUCUGGAUACACGCCACUGCACCUGGCUGCACGGGACGGCCACAAAGACGUGGCAUCCAUCCUGCUGGACAACGGAGCCUCUCUUGGCAUCACUACCAAGAAGGGAUUCACUCCAUUGCAUGUUGCAGCCAAAUACGGGAAGAUGGAAGUUGCCAACUUGCUGCUACAGAAGCGAGCACCACCUGACGCAGCUGGAAAGAGUGGACUAACACCACUGCAUGUUGCUGCACACUAUGAUAACCAGAAAGUGGCUCUUCUUCUGUUGGACCAAGGAGCGUCUCCACAUGCAGCAGCAAAGAAUGGCUAUACUCCACUGCACAUCGCUGCCAAGAAGAACCAGAUGGAGAUCGCCACCACGCUGCUGGAGUACGGAGCCGAUACCAACGCCGCCACGCGGCAGGGCAUCAGUCCUCUGCACCUGGCAGCACAGGAGGGCAAUGUGGACAUGGUGACGCUGCUGCUCGCCCGCGAAGCUGCCGUCAGUCUGGGAAACAAGAGUGGACUGACCCCGAUUCACCUGGCGGCUCAAGAGGACAGGGUCAAUGUAUCUGAAGUGCUGGUUAAUCAUGGAGCCACUGUGGACCCCGAGACUAAGAUGGGAUAUACACCGCUGCAUGUAGCCUGUCACUACGGCAAUGUGAAGAUGGUGCAUUUUCUCCUAAAGAACCAGGCAAAAGUCAAUGCCAAAACUAAGAAUGGAUACACACCUCUCCAUCAGGCUGCUCAGCAGGGUCACACACACAUCAUUAACCUGCUGCUGCAGCACGGAGCUUCCCCUAAUGAGCUGACAGUGAAUGGAAACACUGCCUUAGCUAUUGCCAGACGCCUGGGUUACAUCUCUGUGGUCGACACGCUCAAAGCCGUGACAGAGGAGACGCACACUUCUGUGACAGUGACUGAGAAACAUAAAAUGAAUGUUCCAGAAACUAUGAAUGAGGUCUUGGACAUGUCCGAUGACGAAGUUCGUAGAGCCAAUGUGCCUGAAAUGCUCAUUGAGGACUAUAUUUCAGAUGUUGAAGAAGGUGAGGAUGCGAUGACCGGAGACACAGACAAAUAUCUGGGGCCGCAGGAUCUGCGUGAGCUCGGGGACGACUCUCUGCCUCAGGAAGGAUAUGUGGGAUUUAGUGUUGGAGCCCGAACGGCCAGCCUGCGCUCCUUCAGUUCGGAUAGGUCCAACACACUCAACCGGAGCUCCUUCGCCCGCGACAGCAUGAUGAUCGAAGAGAUCCUGGCGCCCACCAAGGACACGGGGGUCUGUAGAGACAUGCCCACCCUUGUUGACUCUCAUUAUAAGCACCUGGCUUUAGCGAAAGAUUACACUACGGACUCAAUGAGACGUUACAGCUGGACGCCAGACACUCUGGACAAUGUGAACCUGGUCUCCAGUCCUGUCCAUUCAGGGUUUUUGGUGAGCUUCAUGGUGGAUGCUCGUGGUGGGUCGAUGCGAGGAAGUCGCCACAAUGGCAUGCGGAUCAUCAUCCCGCCUCGCAAGUGCACGGCGCCAACACGUAUCACAUGCCGUCUGGUCAAGAGGCACAAGCUGGCGUCGCUGCCACCCAUGGUGGAGGGAGAGGGCCUGGCGAGCAGGCUGGUGGAGGUGGGCCCAGCGGGGGCUCAGUUUCUGGGCCCCGUGAUUGUGGAGAUCCCUCAUUUUGGGUCCAUGAGAGGGAAAGAGCGAGAACUCAUUAUGCUCAGGAGCGAAAACGGUGAGACCUGGAAGGAGCAUCAUUAUGACUGCAAAACUGAAGACCUCAAUGAGCUACUCAAUGGCAUGGAUGAAGAGCUGGACAGCUCAGGUGAUCUGGAGAAGAAACGCAUCUGCCGAAUCAUCACGAAGGACUUCCCACAAUACUUUGCGGUCGUAUCAAGAAUCAAACAGGAGAGUAAUCAGAUGGGUCCCGAUGGAGGCGUCCUGUCCAGCAUGACAGUACCUAUGGUACAGGCCUCGUUCCCUGAGGGUGCUCUCACCAAGAAGAUCAGAGUUGGACUGCAGGCCCAACCUGUUCCAGAUGAAGCUGUGAAGAAGAUUAUUGGUAAUCGUGCCACCUUCAGCCCAAUAGUGACCGUGGAGCCUCGCAGGAGGAAGUUUCAUAAGCCCAUCACCAUGAUCAUACCUGUGCCUCCUAUCUCUGGAGAAGGGGUGGUGAAUGGAUACAAAGGAGACACCACACUAAGCCUGCGUUUACUCUGCAGUAUAACUGGUGGCACAUCUCCAGCUCAAUGGGAGGACAUCACCGGCACUACACCUCUCACCUUCAUGAACGACUGUGUGUCCUUCACCACAAACGUGUCUGCCAGGUUUUGGCUUGCUGACUGCCAUCAAAUCCCAGAGACUGUACCUUUGGCCACCCAGCUCUACAGAGAGCUUAUCUGUGUGCCCUACAUGGCCAAGUUUGUAGUGUUUGCCAAAAUGAAUGACCCUGUGGAGUCCAACCUGCGUUGCUUCUGUAUGACGGAUGAUAAAGUGGACAAAACUCUGGAACAACAGGAAAACUUUGAGGAGGUAGCCAGAAGCAAAGACAUAGAGGUCCUGGAAGGGAAGCCCAUCUACGUGGACUGCUAUGGCAAUUUGGCUCCUCUGAUCAAAGCUGGACAGCAGCUGAUUUUUAACUUCUAUGCUUUCAAAGAAAACAGACUCCCAUUCUGUGUGAAGGUCAGAGACAACAGCCAAGAGCCAUGCGGCCGCCUGUCCUUCCUCAGAGAGAUCAAAACCUCCAAGGGUCUCGCUCAAACUGCUAUCUGUAAUUUAAACAUCACACUGCCAGGAUUUAAGAAGGAUGUGGAUUCAGAUCCCGAGGAAGAGACUGAAAAGCCAGAACGACGUCAUACCUUUGCAUCUCUAGCCUUACGUAAGCGCUACAGCUAUCUGACAGAGCCUGGAACGAGCCCUCAGACCCCCUGUGAAAGAACAGAUUUGCGUAUGGCUAUUGUAGCAGAUCAUCUCGGCCUGAGUUGGACUGAGAUGGCCAGGGAAAUGGAAUUUUCAGUUGAUGAGAUAAAUCAAAUCCGUGUGGAAAACCCCAACUCAUUGACGGCUCAGAGUUUCAUGCUAUUAAAGAAAUGGGUUAACAGAGAUGGUAAAAACGCUACAACGGAUGCCUUAGCUGCGGUCCUGACUAAGAUCAAUCGGUUGGAUAUUGUGACAUUGCUGGAAGGGCCGAUAUUUGACUAUGGUAACAUUUCAGGCACAAGAUGUUUUGCAGAUGAUAGCGCAGUUUCCCAGGAGCAGGCUGAUGGUUACCACAACAUUGAGCUGGAGCUCAAGAGUCCCACAGAGCUGAACUAUGAACCCCCUACCCCUCUACGUCAUGAUGAUUUCUUUAGUGAAGACAGUAUUCUAAAGUUCUCCUCUAGUGCCCCUGUUAGACCCAGUGAACUGUCCUUGCCAAUCUCUAGUGGCCCAGUGUCUGCAGAUACUAAGCCGCCUACCGUAUUGGCGGAGGACACCACUAUUGGAGGCCGUGAAUCUGUUGCCCAGGAGGAUGGGUCUCCUGAAGAUGACCUUGGUGUCAACCAGGAAUUGGUACCUCCAUCAAAACAGCAUGACAGUGAGGAAACCUCCAAAGACACAGAUGUCUUCCCAAGCAGCCCGGUAAAAGAGCAGAAGGAUGCCCAGCCCAAGCUUCCCAUUUGUGCCUCUGCCAGUGAAGCUGUUGAAGAGUGUGGCAAGUCUGGGUUUGACGAAGAAGAUGAAGAGAUGACUCAAGAUAAAAUAAAGUCUCUCUUGGAGACUAUUAAGUUGGAGGAAGGCUCAGAGGAUGAGGAGAUGACUGAGGAGAGGCUACAAGCAAUCCUCUCUCAAGUACAGCAGGCAGAAAAAGACAUGUCUUCAAUUUCAGGUUUGCAGAGUGAGACGUCUGGCGCAAAUGGAAAGACGACAACUGGCCAAGGACUGGGUACUGAGAAACAAGGGCAAAGAGAGACCAGCCAAGAGCGGAAGUCCUUAACGCCUGAAGUGCAAGCUGAGAGGCAAAAUGGAGAACAUCCAGAGGUUCAAACCCAAGCUCUGUUGUCGCCAGAUGCCAGUGAGUCUUCCAGCAAACCAAAGGGCAAAGCAAGGAAAGAUUCUGAGCAAAAGGAGGCAAGCAGUGAGGUUCUGGAGGACAGAGGACCAAACAACAGGGAGGAGGGUGUUUCCGAGCCUAAAGUCCAGCAGGAAGCUCGUAGAGAUAAUGAAUCCAGCUCUGAUGAGGAAGAGACUGUCACUACCAGGGUGUAUCGGCGGAGAGUGAUUCUGAAGGGUGAUCAGGCCAAAAACAUCCCUGGUGAGACUGUGACAGAAGAGCAGUACACAGACGAAGAUGGAAACUUAGUCACCAGAAAAGUCAUCCGGAAAGUGGUGCGUCGUUCAGCUGGUGUGGAGGAGAAAGGCAAGCGGAAACGUGGGAAACGUUCCCGGCAGGCCAGUAGGGCCGAGCUAGAGGAAGAGAGUGGCCCCGGGCCCCACAGAGAGCACACUGAGGCUGGAGAAGGAGGGAAGGGCAAAAAGAAGGAAGGGAGACAAAAGGAGAAAAAGGGUCAAUCAUAACAGUUGAGCUCUUUUUUGAUUUGAAAGUGCUUCAAAACCAUUUUCCUUUCGAGGAAGAUCACUGGAAAUGUGCAGGAGGUCGGGGGAUGAGGAUUGUGUGUCAGCAGCUUUCAUAAAAAACGAAUGGUUUCGGGUCUGGCAGUUUUUGAUUUCGCAUGAGCAUGAAAAAAACAUUUCUGUCAAUAAUGGAAUAGCGGUCAAGAGGGGACAUUGUUGGUGCGGCGUUGUCCAAAACGAGCGCCCAAGCACUUCCAUUGACCAAAGAGGCCACUUAAACAUAUUGCUGAUUGACAGGAAUGGGUGGACUCGUUUGAAUCACCUUUUACACUCGCCUUACUAUUUUUUUUUUCCCUCUCGAACCCAUAAUGUUGGGGUUGUAUAAUGCUGUUGGAGCUUACGAUGUACAUAAAUGAUACUGUAUAAAUUUGAAAGUGGCUCACGACAUUGUUAAUGCACUGGCAAGUGUGUAGGAAUGAACUACCAAUUCUGAUUCCAAUUUUAAGGGAACGCUUCACAUGCACUUGUAUAAUUAUUAGCGGAAAAAAACAAAUGUUUGUAAAUGAAAAAAAACAAAAAAAGCCAGCUUGAUUUUAACAACAGAUAUUUCUUUUAAACCUACCGCGGUCUCUCAGUGGUACGAACAUUGGAGCAGCUGUAGUUUUCUUCAGAGUACUAAUAUUUUCAUGCAUGUGAUUCACUUUAUUUUUGAUUUUUGUUUGUUUUCUAACACACGAGAGAAGAGGAAAUGAUGUUCUGUAUGUGUACCCUCACAGCCUUGCAAAUGCACACUAUUUUUAUUCGUUUUAUUUUAAGAAAGAUGACAGAAUCACACAUCAGCUUCACUUAAAUACACUGUGUCUCAUCACGUGACGGCAGCGGUUUCCCUAUGCAGUCUGAAAUGCUCACCGAAAUCAACCGGCGUGAUGCACUUUUACCUGUUCUCAUGUGUACUGGCUCUAAGAUGUAGAAGUCUUUCUGUCAGCCUGUCGUUUGUAAUCAUUCUAGCAGUGUAUUACUAUUUUUUCCAGGCUGCUGUGGUUUUGGGGGAAAUUUUACUUUGGUUUUUGGUGCAGAAAUCACUCAAGCAUUCAUGGAUGACAGAUCUGGUAACGAACAUUAUGUAUGAGAAAAACAACAUACACUGGAUGAUCAAAUUAAUUAUUUAAGCUUAUAAUAAAUUGUGUUCAAACCCUCA